AAGGACAUCGUUUUUUUUUUGUGGGAGGAGGAACGGCGGCGAUGGACGACCGAAUGCGCGAAGAAGCGCAACCAUAAGCCGAGGGGUACAACUGUAAGCGGAGUCGCGCGCGCGCGCCCAAUACAAUCACCAACUGUUUGUCUCUGUGUGUGCGUGUUUGUGUGAGUGCUUGUGUGUGUGUGCGUGUUUGUGUGAGUGCUUGUGUGUGUUUGUGUGUGUGUCUGUGAACAGGAAGUCGGGAGCAGGCGAGCAGUGGCAUCGAGCCGUCGUCCGUCAUCCAAUCAACGGUGUCCCCGAUCUCCGUCUGCGGUCGCGCGCGGGUAUUGGCAUAUAGGCUCUCGCUCCUUUUCUCUCGUUCGACGAGGUGUAGUGUCCACGUUUGUUAGAAAGUAAUCAAUCUGUCUUUGUGACUAUCGCCAAGCAAAAAGAUUGUCGUCUGGCAAUGUAAACGUCUAUUUAUAACUACUUCGCUCUCUUCCUUUGGCAUCGUGCAAGCAGCAUCGCCUCUCUCCAUAGCUCCGAAGCUCCGCGCCAUAGUCCGAAGCUCCGUAGCCCGAAGCUCCGCGCCAUAGCCCUGAAGCUUCCGCCAUAUCUCCGAAGUUCCGCCAUAUCUCCGAAGCUCCGCGCCAUAGCUCCGAAGCUCCGUGCCAUAGCUCCGAAGCUCCGCGCCAUAGCUCCGAAGCUCCGCGCCAUAGCUCCGAGGGAGGAACUUCUCUUCUUUCUUGUUGUUAACCAGUAGCUCAGUCUUUCGUGUCGUGUUAGAUUGGUUAUUGAAAUUCGUCUCUCUUGAUUGGUGCCAAUCUUGCUGUUCGAGGUUCUUGAUUGGUGCCAAUCUUGCUGUCCGGGGUGGAUUGCCGCGGUGGAGGGGAAGAGUGGGUUUGAGAGGGAGGGGGGGAAGAGAGGGGGACUCGAGUGCGGGGAAAGGGUGGGGGGAAUUUUCAACGGUCGCCGGCAUAGCCAGAGGAGAGGUAGUUGUGUGUAGUGGAAGGAGUCGGAACGUUUGUCCGUGUUCUGGACUGUGGUCUCGUUGGGUGGGCAGAAUGAGGAGGGGUAGGAGCUUUUACCUGACGCUAUGCUUCGCUCUCUUCUUGAGGGUCGCGGCUUUGACGAGUCCGGUGGUCGCAGAUGCAGAGGACAACCUACCGGUCGCCGGAGAUGGCAGCAUUGUCUUUCUUCCGUGGCGAUGUGGCGCGUACGUCGCCCUCCCGGAGAGCGAGCAGAUUAGAAGAGGGCUCGAGGCCGCCGCCGAUUUUGGCGGGAACGGUCUCCACUUUGGCGGGAACGGGCUCCACUUUGGCGGGAGCGGGCUUCGGUUGAGGGGAGGAACGGUAUUCUUUAGCGCCAUUCGCCGAAGGCCGGGAUCGCUGCAGAUCAUCAUUGGAAGAGGAAGAGGAGGAGACGGUGAUGACGUCAACGAUAUCUCCGCGAACGGUGGUGGCCCCGGGAUGUCACCGCUGGUGAUGGCGGCGAGUCGGGGUCGGGGGUCGGGGGAGGGAAUCCCGACGUCUGAUACAGACAGCAGCAGCAGCAGGACGCUGCGCGCCGAGGGGGAGGAAAAGCAGCAGCAGCAGGUGACACAGCCCGCAGCAGCAGCAGCCACAGCAACAGCGGAGGCGAAGCUGUUUCCUUGGCUGCAGGCAGAGCAAGAGCAAGAGGAGGAGGAGGGAGGGGCUGGCGAUGGUGAUAAGUCGAGCGACUCCUCCUCGUCCUCGGUCGAUGACUUGCUCUCCAUCCUCUUCCCCGCUCCGCACGCAUUGCCGAGGCAAUCGCCGUUCCUCGGUGACCGCAAGAAGUUGCUUCUUGCCCGUACACUUGGCAUUCGGGCAAUGGAAGUCGGAACGCCGUCGUGGCUGUCCCGAUCGGGACGACAAGAGAAAGACGAAGAUGAUGGUAGCGUAAGCGAGAGAGAGGUGAUGACCACCGCCGCCGCGGCUGCGGCCGAAGCGGCUAGAGGGGUAUUCAGUAACAAAGCGUGGGAAUUGUCGGCACCAGGGGACCGGGACCUGCUCCCUGUCGCGAUAGCCGAGGAGGAGGAUGGGGAUACCACCAGCAGCAGCAGAAGCGGCCGUGAUGAUGCCUCCUCCCCGUUAUGGGAGGGAGGAUUUGUAGGCAACGACCUCCACAUCCUCUCGUCUAAGGUGUUCCGCUUUCCGGGGGUCUAUAGCUGGAGCGCUAGAGAUGCAGAUCGCGGGGAGGAAGGUGGAGGUGAGGAGGAGGGGAUGGUAUUUAGGGAUGUGUUACUUCUUCCACGACGGGGCGAGGAGCAGGAGGAGGGGGAGGAGGAGGUGGUGGAAGGCGCUGGCGAGGUGGGUAUUCUGCGCUGUGUGAAGGGGUGGUGGAGCGAGCUGUCCAGGUGGGCAGUCGGCGUGGGGAGGUCGAUGCGAGAGACGGUCUUGCAGUACCGAAGUACUGUGGAAGACGGCGCAUUUUUCGCCCUGGCAACGGCUGUGCCGAUGACCUUGUUGUUGUUGAUUGUGCAUGUCGCAGCGAGAUGCACUUAUAAUGACGAAGAGGAAGAGGAGGGGGGGGAGGGAGAGGAGGAGGAAGAUGAUGACGACGACGAUGAGGAGGGAGGAAAGCAACAAGGGUCUCGAACCGUCGUCGUUGUGACCGCCAACGCCGUUGGAAACGACGGUGUGAGGACCCCUCUUCUGGACAAUCGUCUCUACAGAGGGGAAGAACCUUCAUCGGAUGCCGACGAGGAUAUGAUGAACAAACUGGAAGCCACCGUUGUGGACUACAACCCGCCCAAUCCGGCAGACAUGACACGCGGCGUAUGAUCAGGAGAUCUGGGAUGGACGCGUGCAGGCAGUCGCCUCGCGCAAGUGGAGAAGCACAAAGAGGGGCUGUAGGAAUGUGCCCCGCACGCGCAAACAGAGGAAUUGGAGGCAGAGAGGACAAAGGUGUUGGAGCACUUAACCUUUAGGCAACGGAGGCCCAACAGCUCAUGGUGUCAAGGGGCGAAAAGGGGCAGAGAGCGCUUGAGUAUUCUGUAGAAGAGGAAGAUGUGGAGGGAGAGGAGUGGGGAAGGAAGUGGGGGUGCAGUUGGCGGGGGAAAGCUUGAAAACUUUCCCGCCAAAAAAAGACAAGUCCUGCUCCGAUUUCUUCUCAGUUAUCCGCUUGUCUGACUCAGCUUCCCGCCAUCGCGGCCAGCUUCCCGCCAUCCUGCAAUCCUGCCAUCGCGGCCAGCUUCCCGCCAUCCUGCCAGCGAGGGACUGUGGCGCUAAGACUUCUCUCUUUCUCUAUGAUGACGUCAGAUUGCCACUUGGUUAUGUGUGAUUUCGUCUCUGCUUGUACGUCGUGUGCCCUGUUUUUGGCAUUUCCCGCUGUUGCAAACGCACACAAGCCACGUGUAGGAAGGGGAGAGAGAGAGAGAGAGAGAGAGAGAGAGAGAGAGAGAGAGAGAGAAGGGGGGGCCAAAGGGGUAAUCAUGUCUUGUAUAGGGGGUCACCUCUUGGCUUGUGUUGAGGUAGGGCGAAAACGACACGCGAGCCACGGCAGUGAAGGCUGAUUUCUCUCGAGUGGGAAAAUAAUACUGAAAGCAAUAAUAGUGUGGGGAAAAAGAAAGUUUAAAGAACUCAAUUAGGGUUUUCAUGGACGC